CCUCACAAAAUCAAAACGGCAUCGCUUGCACGCAUUUAGCCUUUCUCCAUCACCUUGGGAUUAAAAAUCUCCUCUCUCUGCUUUUCAAUUUCAAGUUUUCCAUUUUUUAAAUUUGUCCAAGCGCGAGAGAGAGCUUCCGAUAUCCAACAAUGGCAAACCCUAACCUCCAAGAUAUUAUAGAGAAGCAAGUGCUUACUGUAGCCAAGGCAGUGGAAGACAAGAUCGAUGAAGAGAUCGCAGCCUUAGACCGUCUCGAUCUCGACGAUAUAGAAGCAUUGAGAGAGAGACGGUUACAACAGAUGAAGAAAAUGGCGGAGAAGCGUAGUCGUUGGAUCUCUUUAGGUCAUGGUGAGUACACGGAGAUUCCAUCAGAGAAGGAUUUCUUCUCUGUUGUUAAAGCUAGUGAUCGUGUCGUUUGCCAUUUCUAUCGUGAUAAUUGGCCUUGCAAGGUGAUGGACAAGCACAUGAGCAUACUGGCGAAGCAACAUAUAGAGACACGUUUUGUGAAGAUCCAUGCUGAGAAAAGUCCAUUUUUGGCUGAAAAACUCAAGAUUGUUGUUCUUCCAACUCUUGCACUUAUAAAGAAUACCAAAGUGGAUGAUUAUGUGGUGGGAUUUGAUGAGCUGGGAGGGACAGAUGAGUUUAACACAGAGGAUUUGGAGGAGAGAUUGGCUAAAGCUCAAGUGAUCUUUUUUGAGGGUGAAUCGUCUCAAAAUUCAUCGAAAUCCAGUGCACAAACCAGGAGUGUGCGACAAAGUGAGAGCCAUGACUCUUCAGAUUCAGAUUAAAUCAUAGUAAUCUCCUUUUGGGUUACAAGGUGACUCCAGUCCUUGUCUAGUAGAGUAUGCCUGUCACAAUCUGCCAAUUUAGCUACAUCUCAUAGGCUACGCUACAAUCGCUCUAUUGUUUGGUUUUGUAGAAAGCAGAUUGGGGCUUUAUGUUGUACAAGUCCUUGAGUUUCAGCUCAUCCUAUUCUCGUGUUUGAUAUAAAGCUUAAAUCGAUUAUUCCAUAUUUUGAAA